AUGGCGGGAAUGAUGGCUGUUUACAUCUUAAUCUAUCUUCGUCUUUCUUCUUUGUCAUCUUUUCUUCCCGAGCCUAGAACGAGCGCUUCUUCAACUUUAUGUCUUUAUUCGGAAGUUACUACAUUUUUUUAUUCUUUCCUUUUGUUCCCAUCUUCCCUAUUUAUCUUUUUUAACUUCUUUAUUCCUAUUUUCUUUUCUUUUCUUUCUUUCUUUUUUUUUACUUUUUCCUCCUUUCUUUCUUUCUUUUUUCUUUUUUCUUAUUUCCUUUUGUUACUAUUGAUUUUUUUCCUUGUGUUACAUUCUCUUCUUUUUUCUUUAUAUAUAUCCUUCUCGAUUUUCCAAUUUUAUUUCCUUCCUUCCUUCUUUCUUUCUAUGGUGUAUUUAUUUAUGUUUAUUUCUUUCCAUAUGAUUCUCUCAUUUCUUUCUUUCUUUUUAUUUCUUUCUAUCACUUGUUCUUUCUAUUGCUUCUUUGUUUAUUUCUUUUUUUUCCUUUCCUUCUUUCCAUUAUUUUAUUCCGUUGGUUCUGUACGAUGCCUUCAUCUCAUUCUUUCUUUCUAUUUGUUCUAUUUGUUUAUUCUGUCUUUAUUCCUUUUAUUGUCACACCCUUUUUCUUUUCUCUUUUUUUCGUCUUAA